CCUCAGCCCCCAGCCCGGGAGGGCUAUAAGAGGCGGCGGCGGGGCUAGGCGGCCGAUGCUGGCGGCGGCAGGCACGGGCGGCGGCGGCAGGCACGGGCGGCGGCGGCGGCGGCGGCGGCAGCAGCAGCAGCAGCAGCAGCAGCAGCAGCAGCAGCGGGGCAGCCCUCCGCUCAGCGCCGCGGCCCGCCGCCAUGAAGUCGCCUCAGGCGCAGCGGGCGGUGGGGGAAGCGCUGCUGAAGGACGGCGGGGAGCUGGCGGAGGCGCUGGGGGAGUUCGACGCCGUCCUGGAGGACUUCUCGUGCCCGGCCGGCCGGCGCCGCUUCCACUACGGCGAGCACCUGGAGCGCAUGAAGCGGCGGAGCAGCGCCAGCGUCAGCGACGGCAGUGGCCUCAGCGACUCCGAGAGUGCAGAUUCACUUUACAGAAAUAGUUUCAGCUUCAGUGAUGAAAAGCUGAAUUCUCCAACCACAUCUACUCCAAGUCUACCAUCUCCAUCAGUAACUCCAUGUAAAGCAAAGCUUGGAGAUACAAAAGAACUGGAAGACUUUAUUGCUGAUCUUGACAGGACACUAGCAAGUAUGUGAAACAGGAAAUUUUGGCAUUGUGCCUGCCUGUGAAUGUCCUCUGAAGGCUAAGUGACAUCAAUCACUGAGAAAUGCUGAUAUUGUCUGAUAACUUUGCUCCCAAGCUAUUCACCUUCUGAACAUAACCUUUGUCAUCUCCUAUAAGUAUUUAACAGGCAGCAUGGGUGUUGUUACUCUGCAGCAGGUGGAAUCAGAUAACUUAAAUGUUACUGCUAUAUUUUUGCUUUAAAAUAUAGCUUAAGUUUUAAUUUAAAGUUGCUUUUAUGAAAAAUAUUUGUAAUUUUAUAUAGUUGAGAACUUUUAAUGCCUUUUCCAUUAUAAUAUAUUUUUGUAUACAAAUAAAAAGCCUGAACUGGAAUCUAGAUGUCUGAAAACUUCAUAUGAACAGAACUGUGAAAAAGUGAUCACAAAUUAAGCUCUUAAUAAAAACAUCAGGUUUUAAAGUA